CUGAGCCAUAGAGGGAGUGGAGUCACAAAUACCAGGGCACAGGUGAGCAGGAGCUGAAGACUCUCUAGGACGCUGCUGCUUUACUAGCUUACUGCUGGGUGGAUUAACUGCUGCUGGAGUACCUGCCUGAAAAUCCCAUGGCAGGAUCCUGUGAAAUCAGCAACCUCAUCUCAAACUACAUCAGUGCCAUGUACCAGCCAGAGGAAGCACCACCGGACCCAGACCUGCUGACCCACCUCGGAGAUGAUGACAACCUGUCUCUCACUCUGUCUAAUACCCACAUGGCCAUGGAGACAACAGGCAAACCAACAUGGUAUGGCGAGAUGCCACACUGCUGGAGCAGGUCUCAAGUGCUGGAGUGGAUCAGCUACCAUGUAGAGAAGAACAAAUAUGAUGCCAGUGCCAUAGAUUUCUCCUGCUGCAACAUGGAUGGCUACACGCUUUGCCAAUAUACGCGUGACCAGCUGGGACUCAUUUUUGGUCCCCUUGGCGAUGAGUUGUAUGACCGCUUGCACGAGAUCACUUCUGUCCCGGACGAACUUGGCUGGAUCAUGUCUGUGCUAAGAAAUGAAGAUGUAUCCCAAGAGGCCCUUCUGGACUCUAGCCCUUUAGAACUGGGAAGCUCCUGCAGUCAGGACUACCUGGAUGAGAUGAAGUUGGCAAACCUUUUCUCCCAGCCUGACCUUGGUUACAACUCUGGGGCCAUGUCUCCAGACAGCUCGGCAUCUCUGGCAGGGACUAUGUCUCAGAGCCCUCAGUCUCAGGACUCCGGUGGAAGUGACCUAGAUCUUGACCCCACAGACAUGAAGCACUGCCCCUUUUCUGAUGGUGACUAUGCAGAAUAUAAGAAAGAAGAUCUCAAGAAGCGGAAAAGGGGACGACCCAGGAAGGUCAGCAAGGACAACAGAGACUGCCUGGAGACCAAAAAGAGCAAACACUCUCCAAGAGGGAUCCACCUAUGGGAAUUCAUCCGGGACAUCCUAAUUCACCCAGAAAUGAACGAGGGGCUGCUGAAGUGGGAAGACCGACGAGAAGGCAUCUUCAAGUUCCUGCGUUCUGAGGCAGUGGCCCAGCUCUGGGGGCAAAAGAAGAAGAACAGCAGCAUGACCUAUGAGAAGCUGAGCCGAGCCAUGAGGUAUUACUAUAAGCGGGAGAUCCUAGAACGAGUGGAUGGUCGGCGGCUUGUCUACAAGUUUGGGAAGAACUCCAGUGGGUGGAAGGAGGAAGAGGUUCAAGACAGGAGCUAAGAGCUGGAAGAGCUACUGGCGGACUUAGACUUGGCCCACUAUUGCUCAGAGGACCAGCUUUGAGGACUAUAUGCACUGAUAUGGGCUCUGAGCCCCUUAAGCUGCUGCUUCCAGCAGUGUGUGGUAGACUCCAGCUCCUCCGUGGGGCAAAGCUUGUGUGUUGGCUCCCAGCUGGGAGCUCAGGUAAUUACAGCUGAUAUUUUGGCUCAAGUAGGUUAUUGUGAACCACUAUUACUUUGUUGCAUUUGGACUCUGGCUGCCCUUUGACUCUGAAUAGGAUUACAAUGCCUUUGGCUGCCCGAGGCCCCAGCACAGAGCUCAUCGAGGCAGAAGGAACAGGGUGUUCUCGGCAAUUUGCUUUGUCCCAGGGGGGCCAUUCACAGGACAUCAAACGGUCUGCUGAUUCGUAGUGAAUGCCAUGGUCAACUGUGCAUGGGGAGCUGGGAUUUGCCACUGUGCCAUCAGAAUGUGGGAAUGCUGAUACCCUCUUUGGAGUGGUAGCUGGAAGUGAAGCUUCCCACCCAGUUGCAGGCUGGUUACUGGCCAAUGCUCCUCUUUAAUAACCAGAACUUGGUCAGUCUUUGGAUGUAAGCCUGAGAUCAAUGUGGAUUUCACAUUGCUUUGGAGGGCAGGAUUCAGAGACCUCUUCAUUGACUCUUCUCCAGCCAACCUAUGUGUACGUGUAGGGGGAAGAAAUCCUCUUCCCAGAACGUUGGCAGCCUUCCCCACAAAUUGCCUCUUCUCACUCUUAAUUUAUGUGAUAUAUGUAAGUGUGUUUAUAUAAUGUACAUAGAUAUCUAUUUUUUUUUCAUAACUAAGGUUGUGUGAUUGUGUCAGGAAGCACUGGGCAUUUUCAAAACCAAUGAUUGUUGUUGCUAACAUUCAGCUGGGCUGAACAAAAAGGAAAUCUUUUAUUUUGAAAUCACAAAGUGUUUGUAGGAUGUUGUACCUGCUCGUUGGUGUCUCCAGGAGAGCCCUGCGUGAUGUACAGGUCUCCUGCUUUUUAACAAUAAUUAACCAAUAAAUCAUUGUUUUGUUGGUUUUUAA